AGGACGGGGUUUAAUAAUUUAGUACCAAUUAUCGAAACGACUUGCACCCCUGAGCAUUAUCCGAAACGUUUGUCUACCUGACUUCCUGUCCUAGUUUUGUCUGCACAUACAAGCGUGUUGAUGAACAGAUAUCAAGUGAUCCUGUACGCUGCAAACUGAUCCUAUAAUGAGGAGCCCACAAAACAAACAUGUUUUGUCAAUGUAGUGUAAAAACAAAAUCAUCAGAACAUCAAUCGAAGAUUUCCCGAGUGCACCCAGGUUUCUCACUAAUAUUCAUAUUUGCAUCGACUGAUUCGGAUUAUUUGACUUCUAACCUACAAAAGACCGUCGUUAAACCGUGUUAUCAAAAUGAAAGGUUGUUGCAAACACAAGGACAUGACUGAUCAGCAGCUCUUGCACAUCUUCGGCACUGAGCGUCCUCAGCACACACGCAUGCGCAGAUGUUUUAGCUUCGCCUCUUCCACACGUGUCUGAGUUGUUGACGUCUACGCUCCGGCUCCGCCCAUCAGAAGACCGGUCUAGUGAGUCGGUUAAACAUGGUUCACAGAACCGGCGUGGGACAGCUCGUGUGGGUUUUUAUAUUUCUAAAUGUGCACUUACCGGACGUCAUAUGGGGGAGCCCUGUCCUCUCGUGCCAUCGUUCCCAGUUCACGUGUGCCAGCGGGAAGUGCAUUCCCCAGAACUGGAAGUGUGACGGAGAUAAGGACUGUGAAGAUGGCAGUGACGAGUCCCAAUGCUGGGAGGUGAGCUGUUCAGGGUUUCGCUGUGCAAACGGAGACUGUAUCUCCGAGAGCUGGCUGUGUGACGGGACUGUGGACUGCAAGGAUGGAUCUGACGAGCUCCCAGAUACCUGCGGCAAGGCGCUGUGUAAAGCAGAUGAGUUUGGCUGCGCCGACGGGCGCUGUGUCUCGGCUCAGUUCCGCUGUAACGGCCGGGAUGACUGUCGGGAUGGGAGUGAUGAGGUGGGCUGCCCUCUCUGCCCCUCGGGCUGGUUCCGCUGCCUGGACUCUGACGCCUGCCUCCCUGAGACCAGGCGCUGUGACGGGGUCCGUGACUGUCCGGGCGGGGCUGACGAAGCAGCCGAGCUCUGCGGGACCCCGCGGCCGCCCCCCAGAACCUGCCCCGGCUCUGAUUUCCGAUGCGGGACGGGGGAGUGCAUCCCUCAAUCCUGGAGGUGCGAUCGCUCCACCGACUGCAAGGACGGGCAUGACGAAAAAGAAUGCGACCGCGAUGAGUGUCGGGAGGGGAAUGCUGGCUGCUCGCACCUCUGUGUGGACCUGCCCUGGGGCUUCGUGUGCGACUGUCCUGAAGGGAUGAGGCUGGUGAGGGACACCCAGUGUGAGGAUAUAGACGAGUGUUCGGAGCCGGACAUGUGCAGCCAGCUCUGCGUUAACCUGAAUGGUACCUACAGGUGUGAGUGCCACCAGGGCUACCUCAGAAGCCCCAAAUCUGGGGAGUGCAGAGCCCGAGGACGGGAGGCCGUGGUUGUGUUCAGCAGUGACAGUGGGAUCAGGCUGCUCGAUAUGAGCGCUCGGAAGUACAGAGAGAUCUCGGGGAGCCCGGCGGGGGCUGGGGCCAUGGCUGCUGACAUCCCGGGAAACGCACUGUACUGGGGCGUCCCGAAACUGGGCUCUAUCUACAGGACCACCCAGGAGGGGGCAGAGGUGACCACGCCUGUGCUGAGUGGAGUGGGGUCACCACAGGGGGUCGCUGUGGACUGGAUCCACAGGCUGCUCUACUGGACCGACGCCCUCUCCCGUUCCGUCAGCGUGGCCUCGCUGGACGGAGACAGACGCAAGGUUCUGAUUGGUGGGCUGUCUGAGCCGUGGGGCGUGGCCGUGCAGCCACUGUCUGGGUUCCUGUUUUGGUCAGAUGCUGGCACCCCUGCGAGGAUCGAGAGGGCUGGCAUGGACGGGCGAGGCAGGGUGACUCUGGUCUCCUCUGGCAUCGAGAGACCGGUCGCUCUUGCUCUGGACCCCACACAACCCUUCCUCUACUGGGUGGACUCCCAGCUUCAUUGCAUCUCCCGGGUGGGGCUGGACGGUCAGCACCGCAGGACGGUUCUGGAAUCAAAGGACUACCUGGGGAGGCCCUUUGCACUGGCUGUCUUCGAGAGUCGCGUGUUCUGGAGCGAUGAGGGUCAGCACUCCAUCUAUAGCGCUACCAAGCUGAACGGUUCUGACCUGAGGGAGCUGGUCUCGAACGUGAGCCCCAGGGGUCUGGUUCUGAUCCACCCCGUCCUGCAGCCAGAGGGUUGGAGUGCGUGUGCGGGAGAGGGAGCUGUCUGCGAGUUCCUGUGUGUGCCGACGCCCCCUGAACACACGGGCGCCCCAGGAUUCACCUGCCUCGAACCCGGGGCCCUGCAUUCCACCCAGAAAAGCAGCACUCCUCCUCCACCUCCUCCUCCUCCUCCUCUCUGUGACCCCCCAGGUACCGAUGGCACUUUCUUCAGCAUCCUGGCCCUGAUCGUGGUCCUGUGUCUGCUGUUGGUCAGCUGUUUGGUCUGGUGGUGGAGAGUGGAGUUCAGCCCCACCAGAUCCAUCUCUCUGCACGGGGCCACGUUCCUCAAGCAGUCCCAGGACCCCCUGGUGCCACAGAACCGGUCCGAGUCCACACAACGAGAGGCGAGUCAGUCAGGCAGGGGACUGGGAGGUGGUGACGAUGCAGCAGAGAGUCUUAUGGCGCCCUCUUGAGGCUGGAAGCAGACAUUGAUUGACGCAUCGUUGCUGGAACAUACCCAUGACUGGGAUAUUUCUACUGACAGACUGACGGGUGUUUUUGGUUUUCUGGUCCUUGCAAGGAGUUGCUGUACUGGGGGUGGGGGGGUCUGUCCGUUCACUGCUGAAACUAAGGAGGUUGUGGCACUUAAAGAUGUUAACACUCCUUGCUGUUAAAUGCACGUCUACUAUAGUGCCUCUAUAUCAGUCCUUGUAUUCAUUUAAAUUAGAUCCUAAUAUAUUUCAAAUAAGUUCCCGGUUUGUUUAUUUCAAGCAACUUCAAAUGGGCUUGCUGGGAGCUGUAAUGUGUGAUGCCUCUACUUAAUUACAUUGCACCAAGAAAUCCCAACAGCUAUUGAAAUGCAUAGAGGGGCUGGGCUGGACUCUUUCAUAGCCUGACUGAUCAGGGGUGUGGUGGUGGGGGCAUUCCUGCUGGAUCACUGGCUGCCACUAGGGGGCAGUGCAGUGUUACUGUGAAGGCAGCACCCUGGCAGUGCUGUGUUGUUCUUGCAUCACUGAACAUGCUGGCACAUGUUCUGUAUUUUUUGGCUUUCUGUCAGUGAAGUGAGCGUAGAAGAUUAGUGUUUGAAAUUGUGUGGGUUUAAUGUGGUGUUUGACCUGGCAAUCUGAUAUAUUAGUAAAUGAUUUACUGGAUUACGUAAAUCAUUUAUUGUAUUUAUUUAUUUUUUCUUGUUUGACUUUUUUUUUAUUAGUUCUCAAAUGGUAUGAACUGGCACAGCAUUAGUUUGAAUGAGGAAAAGGUACAUUUAUUUAUAAUAAUUCUCAGAUGCUGACAUUUUCACUUCAUUCAUAAUGGGCUUAUUUAAUUUGUAAAAAGUUUAAAUUUUUUUUUUUUCCUAAAAAGAAUUCAGCAUUAAAAAGAAAACUGCCUUAAUUAUU